UGCCAAAAUCAGUCCAAAAUAAGCCCAAUAAGUUUCGAUGGGUUUAUUUUGGACCAAAGCUUGUCGCCCGCCUUCCCGCCUUUGGGACAACGACUCCCAUUGUUAGGGCGGAGACAUGAGCAUCUCGCCAUUAUAUAUUUUUCUAAGUAAACGGGGAACGACCCUGAGAUUCAACUUUCAUAGGAUGACAGCUGAUUCCAAAGACUAUGACACAAGUGUUGGCAAGCGACUUUUUUUGUAAUGUGUCUAACCAAUGAGCUUUGGAAGUGAUUUGUAGACCGUGAACGUGUCUGUUUUGUAAAGAACAUUUUAUCUUACUUGCAGUAGGCGGUGGAUGUGGCCGCAGAAUUUAUUGCCUGAGUAUCAACGAAAGACAGCAAUACGGACCGAAAGUUAGAUAACUUGCCAGACUGAAAUAUAAAGACUUGAUUUGAGCACUUCGGUAACUUCACGGAUGCUACAGGCGAUGAGUGAUGGAGCCGGGUUCGGUGGUCCGUGCCGUGUUUGAGUUCCUGCCCAGCGUCUCUGAGGAACUGCCCCUCUUCACUGGCGACGUCAUCGAGGUGCUCAACGUGGUGGAUGAGUUCUGGUUGCUCGGAAACAAGGAUGGAGUCACAGGCCAGUUUCCCAGCACUUUUGUGGAAGCAGUCACCAUCCCCAGCACCAAACCAGAGGAUAAACUGUAUGUGUGUAUCAAUGACUUCAGUACUGCAAAGCCAGGGAGCCUACCCCUGCAGAGAGGUGACGUGGUGGCAGCCGAGAGCAGCGUGGACCCAGGGACGACCUGGCAGAGGGGGCGUAAUGCCUGUGGCGCUCGUGGCCUCUUCCCUGUGUCCUGCGUGAAAGAGCUCCACCUGUCGGGUCAAUCCAGGCAGCUGUCAGAGCGCAGCGCCCAGGCCCAGGCUUCCGAGCUCCCCCCAUAUGCCUUCGGCCAGGCCAGGGCACUCAUGGGCCUCCAUGCACAGCUCCAUGAGGAGUUAGACUUCUGCAAGGGGGACCUUAUCACCAUCAUCGGCCUACCCGAGCCUGGCUGGUUCCAGGGAGAGCUGGUCGGACGCAGGGGGGUGUUUCCUGAGGGAUUUGUGGAGCUUCUGGGGCCCCUGAGGUCCCCACAUGAUACAGAGGUUGACCCCAUGAACUACAAGACUGAACCUUUGACCUAUGAGCCCUACAGUAGUGGGAAAGGGAUUGAGGAGGUGUUUUCCAGGGAGGAUGAAGAAGAGGAGGAGGAUGGGGUGUAUGGGGUAGCUCUGCACGACUUUCGGGCCAUGGAGCCAGGAGAGUUGGAAUUUGACGUGGGGGACCGUAUCCGGGUGGUGAACACCCUGGAGGACGGUUGGCUGUCGGGCGAGCUGAGAGGGCGAUGUGGGGUCUUUCCUCAUCGCUUUGUCAAGAUUGAGGAUUAUGGGCAAAACAUGAGGGAAGACAUGGAAGCUGUAAAAAUGGAAGAGCUUGAGGACUAUAGCAGCUACACCUUGGACUGCAGCUCCGGUCAACAGGACCAUAGCCAGACGAAGUACGGUUCUGAGUGGAGACCCCAAGAGGACCACACUGUGUGGGACCUGGAUUACUUUGAUAGGGUGGAAGAAAGGAUGUGGCAGGGGGACCCUGUCAGCGAGAGUCUUUCCCAGGAGACUGCAGGGGACCAGACCCAGGACAGGGGGGAGAGAAGAGAUGGGGCUAAAGCGCAACCUCACAGGCCUACAGCCCCCCAUGGGCCCCAGAGACCCAGCUCUGUCCCUCAGGCAAGGCCCAGGCUUCUCCCUCGACCUAGUGUGCCAUCUCUGGGCCACAGGCAUCACAUCAGCCCUAACGCCACCAAUAAUGGUAGUAGGACUAGCCACCCUGAUACGACCCUACCACCACUACUCAACAGAGCCCUUAGCCUAGCUACACCUAGCACCCAGUCAGCCUGGUCCAAAGGUAACGGCCACUACCUCGGAGCACUAGAGGGCGCCACCAGCAAUGGCAAAGGUCCUAGUCUGGGCAAGGAACUGUUAAGUCUAGUGGUGGAGGGCCACAGGCAGAAAAAGCUGACCCGCCACUCCAGCGUCAAUGAUGCAGACUUGCUACUUGGUUGCCGUGGUGAGCGUAGGGCGCUGUCCCAGCGGAAGGGACAAUGCUCCAAUGGUCUCCUGCCCGCUUCCCUCACCUUGGAUUCCCUGGCAACAUCAGUCGGUGACCUGGAGACCAAGUUAUCCCAACAGCUCUUGCAGUUUGAGAGGAGCCUGCCGGGGCAAGGAGGGGUCGAUUUUGUCGGGGCUGCUGCUGGGGAUGUUGUUGGGGCUGCUGCCGAGGACAAUGGAAGCCGACAAUCCAACAUCUCCCGUCACUUUUCCAUAAUGGACUUCACUAGCGAGAGCGACAUCAUGCGAGGCUCCUCUCACUCCCAACUGACCCUCCUCCAACCCUCUUCCUCAUCGUCCUCCCUGGAGAGGUGCAAAACCCUUCGCCCCCCUCCCCCUCGUCCAAGAAUCCUCCACCCCGCAGUUCGAGCUCCCUACAAACCGGCACGCCCUGCGCCUCGCCCACCCUGUCCCCGGCAACCAUCCCCUCCCCUUAACAACCUCCAGCCCUUUGGACCCCUCUUCUACACCUGCGAGGAGGGGGAGGGGUAUGUGACAGAGACUGAGAGCAGAGAAGAAUCUGAACCUGCCUUCGGUGACCUGGCUCUAGAACAAGAGAAGGAGAUGGAGCAGCACCUUGAGAUGGACAGGGAUAUCAAGAUUGAGAGGCAAAGAGAGAUGCAGCAAAAGGAGGAGUACAGGCUGCUGCUGCGGCUGCAGGAGGUGGAGAAGGACAUGGAGGCAUACGCCCACACAGCCUCAGAGCUGAGGGCCAUGCUACAGGAAGAGGAGGAGGAGGAGGAGGAGGAUGAGACGUCCUGUCUGCAGACCCUGGAGAACCUGGAAUUCUGCACUUACACCCUGUCAACUCUGGCCCUGGAACAGCAGCAUCUACAGCAGCAGCUACAAGAGAUGACCCUCCUGUCGACCCAGCCCAAGUGCCUGGAGUCAGCCCCGGUCUCUGCAGUGGUGGCUAUCGAGGACCCCGAGCAGAGGAUGCUGGAGAAAAGGUCAAAGGUCAUAGAAGAGCUGCUGCAGACAGAGAAGGACUACAUCAAGGACCUGCAGAUGUGUGUCAAGGAGAUUAUCCAACCACUCCAACGCAAACAGGUGCAGAACAUUGACUAUGACGGUCUCUUUGGCAACAUCAACUCUGUGAUCGACCUCUCGCGUCGUCUCUUCAAGACCCUCCAGGACACUGACUCCAUUGGAAAAGUGUUCUUGGACUUUAAGGUAGAGCUCGAGGAGGUGUACAAGAUCUACUGUCAGAACCACGAUGACGCCAUUUCUCUCCUGGAAAUGUACGAGAAGGACGAGAGCAUCCAGAGACACGUGCUGGAGUGCCUGGAGAAACUCAGGGCGGUGUAUCGCGACUGGGGGAAGACCAACUACAUCAACCUGGGUUCAUUCCUGAUCAAGCCGGUGCAGAGGGUGAUGCGGUACCCACUGCUACUAAUGGAGCUGCUGAGUGCCACGCCCGAGUCUCACCACGACAGGCCCCUACUGGCCCAGGCACUGCUGUCCAUCAAAGAGAUCAAUGUCAACAUAAAUGAAUACAAGAGGAGGAAGGACCUGGUGCUCAAGUACAGGAAAGGGGACGAGGACACCCUCAUUGACAAGAUCUCCAAGCUGAGCAUGCACUCCAUCAUUAAGAAGUCCAACCGCGUGAGCAGCCACCUCAAACAUCUCACCGGGAUCUCCCCCCAGAUCAAAGAUGAGGCGUUUGAUGAGGCAGAGAAGAGGUUCCGACUCCAGGAGAGACUCAUCAAGUCCUUCAUCAGGGACAUCUCUCUGUACCUGCAGCAUAUUCGGGAAUCGGCCUCAGUGAAGGUGCUGGCUGCUAUCAGUUUCUGUGACAUCUACACAGACCGGAGCCAGCUGGACCCUGAACGAUUCCAGAGAGCCCACCGUUCCAUUAGCGACAAGCAGUUCCCCCACUUUAAGGAGCGAGCGGAAGCCUUGGUCAUCUUCCCUCUCACCCAGCUUCUGCUCAUGUUUGCCGGGCCCCACAAGCUCAUUCAGAAGCGCUUUGACAAGCUGCUGGACUACGACAACUGCAAGGAGCGUGCUGAGCGCCUCAAAGACCGCCGCGUCCAGGACGAGCUGCAGGCGGCACGCAACAACUACGAGGCGCUCAAUGCCCAGCUGUUGGACGAGCUGCCCAAGUUUCAUCGUGCUGCUGAAGACCUGUUUACUGGCUGUGUGAGAGCCUUUGCACAGGCCCAGAGAGAUUUUACCAAGCUAACGCUAGGGCAGCUGCAGCCUUUGCUACAGUUAUCAUGCAUUGGGGGCAAUGAGGGGAACCUGAUAUCAUUGUUCCAAGAGGAGUAUGGUAGAGUCCUCCAGCUUCUACAGCGCUUCAGCUUCUGCCAAGAGAGCCUCCCACCCUCCACCUCCACACGCAAGCCUCUUGACAAGAAGACCCUGGAGAAACAGACUUCCAAGAAGCAGUUGCAGGGACCGCCUAACUACAUCCUGCAGACAGAUGAGCAGAGAGCAGGACUGUUGGCCCGGUACGGCCCAGAGAAACUCUUCCAGGCGGAGAGGAACUUUAACGCGGCCCAGGAGUUGGACGUGUCCAUAUUAGUGGGAGACAUGGUGGGCGUCAUCAAACAACAGGACCCCAUGGGUAGCAACAACCGCUGGCUCAUCGAUAACGGGGUCUCCAAGGGCUUUGUGUACAGCUCCUUCCUGAAACCCUACAACCAACGCAGGAGCCAAUCGGAUGUCUCCAUUGAGAGCCAGUCCUCCAAUGAGUCAGGCUAUGGUGGCUCAUCCCCUGUGUUCUCCCGCCAGAACAGUAACAGCACGCUGACCUUCAACCAGGAAACGUCAGCCGUCAGCUUCUCCACUGCUCCUCACACAAGCCACUCCUCACCCCGCCCCAACCUUGACCUAAACCAGGACCCCACCCUCUCCCGCAGAACUCACCACAGAGACACUCCCUCGCCAAACCGCAAUCCUGCAGACUCCCCCAGAAAUCCCUCCAAUCACCGGGACCUGUUGGACCCAGCGCUCCGAAACUCCCCCAAUCACAGAGACAUUACAGACCCCACCUACCGACAGUCCUCUAAUCACAGGGACUCAUUCGACUCAAGUAAAACAACAACAACCAAUCACAAGGAGCUGUCUGACUCUUCGGAGACAGAAUCUUGUUCUUCGCACAGAAACAACCGUUUGGGUCUAUCUCAGAGAUCUGGCCCAACUGAGGCGGCCCUCGGCUCGUACCAACGGAAUGGAGACUUUGGUGGUCAGAGGAGGUCCCCAUACUCAAGGGAUGAGUUCAUUGAACCAGAGGCGGAGCCCAAACCUGAGCUAGAGUCAGAGCUCGAUGGGCAUCAGAUUUACUAUGCCAUCUACUCAUUCACUGCCCGCUGUGCUAACGAGCUGAGCAUCUCGGCCAAUCAGCGUGUCCGCAUCCUGGAGUUCCAGGACAUGAACGGCAACAGCGAGUGGUGGCUCGGUGAGGCGGGGGGCAGGCGAGGCUACAUCCCCUCCAACUAUAUUCGCAAGUCUGAGUACACCUGAAAAAUUCCCCUGGGGGAAGGUGCCUCCUAACCCCCAAAGUCAGAGCCCCCACACUAGAAUGAGCUCACCCCGUGAUAGCAGACUGCUCUCCAGACUCCAAACAACAACAAACAUACAAACAAACACUUAAACAAAUGACCAAAC